CUAGUAUCAUACACUUUAAGUGCUUUUGGUCUAGUGUUCCAUUAUACGUCUCUGAAAAAGUUGAUUAUCUUACGUACUGAAAACUGAGACUUACCUUCUUUUUCUACUUUUAAAUCACUACGGCCUUGUUGGAAUUGAGCCAAUCUAAAUAUAAAGACAUCAUUGGAGUACGGCACUAUAUUAAUACUGUGUGUUUGUUUGUGUAGCACUGACUGAAAUACUAAGAGCAGAUCGAUGAAAGCAACAAUAACAUAUUAUUAACCUCGCUCUCCUCUCCAAUCCCUCCUUUUUUUUCAACUUAUACGAUCAUUCUUUCUAAAUCACCUCAUGGCUGGCGGACAAAGUCGAACAAGUCUCAACAAACCAUGUAUUCUCCUCAUAGUGAUAGCGGGAAUGGAGAGGUUUGCAUUCAAAGGGGUGGCGUCAAACUUAGUGACAUAUCUAACAGAUGUGGCCAAAAUGAGCAAUUCAGCGGCGGCAAAGAAGGUUAACAAUUGGUGUGGUAUUACGUCUAUGCUCCCACUCCUUGUUGCUCCAUUAGCUGAUUCUUAUUUGGACCGUUACACCACUGUACUGGCUUCUUCCUCUCUUUAUGUUGCGGGUCUUUUAGCUUUGACAUCAUUGGCAUUACAAUGGCCAUGGACUAAUUCCGCUGACAAAUCUGGCUUCACUUCAUCCUUUUCUUGGUCUCUGAAUUUAAUUUCACUCGGCCAAGCCGGCUACAACCCCUCUUUGCAAGCUUUUGGAGCAGACCAAUUUGACGAUGAUGAAGAAUUGCCGAGUAGUAAAAAUGAUCAAAGCUCCAAGAAGAAAAGUUCCUUCUUCCAAUGGUGGUAUUUUGGUAUAUGUUGUGGAAGCUUGCUAGGAGUGUCUAUUAUGUCAUAUAUACAGGACACAUUAGGAUGGGGCUUAGGUUUCGCCAUUCCUUCAAUUGCUAUGGCUAUAUCAGUUAUAGUCUUCAGAUUUGGGAACCGAUUUUAUACACACAAGGAUGGAGAAAUUAUUCAUAUUAAGUCAUUGGGAGAUCAUAUAGUUAAAGCUAUUAAAGCAGCUACCUCAAGAUUGACCUGUGGUGAGAUUGCUGUUCCAACAUAUACUAACAAGUCAAAUGUCAGUGAGAUCGAACUUGAAGAUAGACCACUCUGCCAACAAGAUUCAGGGAGCAAAGAUGGCGCAGACAAAAAAUCGGAGAAUGGGAUCAAUUUUGUUAAAAUUCUAAAAGUAGUACUGCCUCUACUACCAGUGUGGACUCUGCUUCUGAUGUUUGCAGUAAUUUUUCAACAGCCUGCAACGUUCUUUACUAAGCAAGGUGUGACAAUGAAGAGAAACAUAGGAAACAAUUUCCGAAUUCCACCAGCUGCGCUUCAGAGUUCAAUUACCAUAUCUAUAAUUCUGCUCAUGCCACUGUACGACACGUUCUUCAUCCCCUUCGUUCGCGUUUUCACAAGUAACGAGAAGGGUAUCACUGUGAUGCAGAGAAUGGGAAUAGGUAUGUUCCUUUCAGUAAUAGCAAUGAUAAUUGCAGCUGUUACUGAAAGAAAAAGACUCGAGAUCAGCAGAAAUUUGGUAACUUCUUCAGAAACUGUGCCAAUGAGCAUAUUUUGGUUGCUCCCUCAAUACAUUCUCCUGGGAAUUUCAGAUAUAUUCACAGUUGUUGGAAUGCAAGAGUUCUUUUAUUCUGAAGUUCCUAUAAAUAUGAGAACAUUAGGCAUUGCCCUUUAUACUAGUGUUUUUGGGUGUGGUAGUUUCUUCAGCUCAUUCCUUAUAUCCGUGAUCGAAAAAUUGACAAGUACAAGAGGAGCAAAGCAGAAUUGGUUCGCUGAUGACAUGAGAAAAGCCCGUUUCGACAACUAUUAUUGGUUUCUGGCUUUGUCAAGUGCAGCAAGUUUUCUAUUAUUCAUGGUUUUCUGUCGAUUUUACAGAAGCAGGACUAUAGUUGAUUAGAGUGUUGGUAGUGACUCUAAGUUGACAGAUAGCUCGUUAUUGUCGAAUGCUGUAUUUUGUGAUGUGACAUAAUGACAUUCAUUUCUAGUUUCUAGGAGAAAUAGAAGGUUCUGUACUUAUUGUAAAUCAUCAAAGAUUGUAUAUAAAUAAGAUAAAUUUUGGAGUUUUUCUUUUUU